ACCGCGAAUGAGGUGACAGUAGCUAGCAUUGGGAGCGCUUUACACGAUACAUCAAGAUUCACAUACAGUAUAGUGUACACUAGUGUGUUUGUGUACUUAAGUAGUUGUUCUACAGUACGUUAGUUAGUUUAGUUAGUUGGUUGGUUGGUGCGCGUGCGUGUGCGCGUCCAGGCGGAUGUUUGGAGCAGGAGCCUGGCUGUGUUGCUUUCACGGACCUUCUUCUUCUUCUUCUUCUUCUUCUUCUUCUUCUUGUGGUUCUUGCGGAACUUCCAGCCCGGCGGCGGUCUCGGGUGACGGCCCCUCGGCGUCGGCACGGCGGUGGAACGCGAUGGGGGGCUCACGGACGAGCACGGCCAGCGAGCGCAGCACUUUAGCGGCGUCAUAAACGCCACACACCGGCCGGGGGACCGGGGACCACGCAGGAGGGGGCGGGUGGGGGUCCCGGAGCGGCAGAAGCGUUCGAGGACCCGCUCCUGUCCACUUGCACUUGUUAGUUCGGAGGGCUUCCGAUGGAGCGAGUCCCCCCGGCGGUUGCCGCCAAGAUGCGCUGCUUGACGCUGCUGCUGGCCGGUUUGAGUUUGUGGGCCAAAGUGGGCGUCUGUGUCCCGGACUACGACGACCGCGACCGCGACUACGAUUACUACGACGACGACAGGCCUGACGCCGUCGACUACAAGGACCCCUGCAAAGCUGCUGCAUUCUGGGGCGACAUCGCCUUAGACGAGGAAGACCUCGCCAUGUUCCAUAUCGACAGGACCAUAGACCUGACGCACAGCCUGUUGGGACACACGUCAGGUGGUCUGGAGGAGCAGGCGGUAGCAAAAAAGAGAGGCUCGUUGUACCUGCUGCUGGAGAGGAUACGAAAUUUCGGCUUGGACUUUUUCACGAAAUACUCCAGUCACAAGAGCCAAAGUGGCAAAAGCGGCAAGGCGGGAUAUACCACCAGGAGCCGCUUUCCUCGAGCAGCCACCUCCCGAGCCGAGAGGAUCUGGCCCGGUGGGGUCAUUCCCUACAUCAUCGGCGGCAACUUCACCGGUAGUCAGAGGGCCAUGUUCAAGCAGGCCAUGCGUCACUGGGAGAAACAAACGUGUGUGACUUUCAUUGAGAAGACAGACGAGGAGAGCUACAUUGUGUUCACCUACAGACCAUGUGGGUGUUGCUCCUAUGUGGGUCGCCGCGGAAAUGGGCCCCAGGCCAUCUCUAUCGGCAAGAACUGUGACAAGUUCGGCAUCGUGGUGCACGAGCUGGGCCACGUCAUCGGAUUCUGGCACGAGCACACGCGGCCCGACCGUGAUGACCACGUCACCAUCAUACGCGACAACAUCCAACCAGGUCAGGAGUACAACUUCCUGAAGAUGGAGCCAGGUGAGGUAAACUCUCUGGGUGAGCCGUACGACUUUGACAGCAUCAUGCACUACGCCAGGAAUACCUUCUCACGGGGGAUGUUCCUUGACACCAUCCUUCCAUCCAGGGACGAAAACGGCGUCCGGCCUGCGAUUGGCCAGCGGACCAGACUCAGUAAAGGAGACAUUGCACAGGCAAGGAAGCUCUAUAGAUGUCCAGCAUGCGGAGAUACGCUUCAAGAUUCCACAGGCAACUUUUCAUCUCCGGGUUACCCCAAUGGCUACCCUUCAUAUACUCACUGCGUGUGGAGAAUAUCUGUUACACCUGGAGAAAAGAUCGUGCUGAACUUCACCACCAUGGAUCUGUACAAGAGCAGCCUGUGUUGGUACGACUACCUGGAGGUGCGCGACGGCUACUGGAGGAAGGCUCCUCUGCUGGGCAGGUUCUGUGGAGACAAACUUCCUGACGUCCUGACCUCCACCGACAGCAGAAUGUGGAUAGAAUUCCGGAGCAGCAGCAACUGGGUGGGGAAAGGCUUCGCUGCCGUUUAUGAAGCCGUCUGCGGUGGCGACAUCAACAAAGACUCUGGGCAGAUCCAGUCCCCGAACUAUCCCGACGACUACCGACCCUCCAAAGAGUGCGUGUGGAGGAUCACUGUGUCCGAGGGAUACAACGUGGGCCUCAGUUUUCAGGCCUUUGAGAUCGAGCGACACGACAGCUGCGCGUACGACUACCUGGAGGUGCGUGACGGUCCCCUGGAGACAAGCCCUCUGAUUGGCCGAUUCUGUGGCUACGACAAACCCGAGGACGUGCGCUCCACCACACACACACUCUGGAUGAAGUUUGUCUCGGACGGCACGGUCAACAAAGCCGGCUUUGCCGCCAACUUCUUCAAGGAGGAGGACGAGUGUUCCAAGCCGGACAAUGGUGGCUGUGAGCAGAGAUGCGUCAACACACUGGGAAGCUUCAAGUGCGCCUGCGACCCAGGCUACGAACUCGCGCCCGACAAAAAGAGCUGUGAAGCUGCGUGCGGCGGCCUGCUGUCCAAGCUGAACGGCACCAUCAGCACACCAGGCUGGCCCAAAGAGUACCCACCAAACAAGAACUGCGUGUGGCACGUGGUGGCCCCGACGCAGUACCGCAUCUCCAUGCAGUUUGAGGCCUUUGAGCUGGAGGGCAAUGAGGUGUGUAAGUACGACUACGUAGAGGUGCGCAGCGGCCUGUCGCCCGACUCCAAGCUGCACGGGAAGUACUGCGGCACCGAGGUCCCUGAAGUCAUCACGUCGCAGUUCAACAACAUGAGGAUCGAGUUCAAGUCGGACAACACCGUGUCCAAGAAAGGCUUCAAGGCCCACUUCUUCUCAGACAAGGACGAGUGCAGCAAGGACAACGGCGGCUGCCAGCACGAGUGUGUCAACACGGUGGGCUCGUAUGUGUGCCAGUGUCGCCACGGCUUUGUGCUGCACGAGAACAAGCACGACUGCAAGGAAGCCGAGUGUGAGCACAAGAUCCACAGCCCCAGCGGCAGCCUGAGCAGUCCCAACUGGCCCGAUAAGUAUCCCAGCCGCAAGGAGUGCACCUGGGACAUUACGGCCACGCCAGGACACCGUGUCAGGAUUACGUUCAGCGAGUUCGAGAUCGAGCAGCACCAAGAGUGCGCCUACGACCACCUGGAGGCCUUCGACGGCGAUGGUGACGCAGCAGCCAUCUUGGGGCGGUUAUGCGGCAAUAAGAUUCCCGAGCCGCUGGUGUCCACAGGCAACCGGAUGUACCUCAGAUUCAUCUCCGACGCCUCGGUGCAGCGGAAGGGCUUCCAGGCCACUCACGCCACCGAGUGCGGCGGUCGUCUGAAGGCGGACGCCCGACAGAAGAACUUGUACUCGCACGCCCAGUUCGGGGACAACAACUACCCAGGCCACAGUGACUGCGAGUGGCUGCUGACAUCCGAGCAGGGCUACGGCAUCGAACUCAGCUUCGUUACCUUCGAGGUGGAGGAGGAGGCCGACUGCGGCUAUGACUUUAUUGAACUCUACAACGGCUAUGACGCCGAUUCGCACAGGCUGGGGCGAUUCUGCGGCUCGGGGCCCAGGGAGGGAAUCUAUUCGCCCAGCGACGCCUUGCUGAUCCGUUUCCAUAGUGAUGACACCAUCAGCAAAAAGGGCUUCCACAUCCGCUACUCCAGCACCAAGUUCCAGGAGAGCCUUCACGCCAGGAAAUGACCUCCCGAAAACCUCCUCAUGGACCCAGCCCAUCACAUGGAUGUGGGCCGAGAUAUCUCCCCCAAGAAGAACGCCAGGGCGGAAUUACACAGAGAAUUGCAGACAUUUCCCGCCUACGUCAAAGUUGCUCAUUGGAUUUGGCAACUACAAACUGUGGAUGAACUAAAGAACCUGAAAAAUUGGAAAAUGCAUCGAGCAUUUAAGUAUCCUCCAUUCUUGAACUGUACAGAUUAUUGCAAGACUAUUGAUUUUAUUGCUUCCCCCCCCGCCCCCAUUUCCUCGACAAGCAGACAUUUUUACCGCCUCCAGAAUGGCUUCAGAUGUCUUGUGCUGACGUUUAAGUAUGUAUAUACGUGUGCGUGUGUGCGCGCGUGUGCAUAGAGAGAAAAGAUAUGUGAAAAAAUGAUCAGAUCUCCGCUAAGGCCAAACAAUCCAAAAUGUCUGCUUGACUGGCGGUGCAAUUCCACUCCAGUACUGUAGGCGGUGGUAAUGCGCAUUACAAACUGGGUGCUCUUUGCCAUCAAACAGUUUGUAUUACCACAUUUGCAUCCGCUGGAUUUGUUGGGUCACUGCCCCACUUGGCCCCUAAGUAAGCAGACUGUAACAGUGAAAAAGUUAAAAAAAUAUAUAUAUUAUGUGUCAAUGCCCUGUUUAUCCGCAAAGCAAGGAGAGUGUAACGGCCCAAAAAGUAGGGAAAAAAUCUGGCUGGUCACUGCCCCCCAUUGUCCUUAAUGCAAAUGAACUGUAACAGCACAAAAAGUAAAAAAAAAAAAAAAAAUCUGAUGAGUCACUGGCCAUGACUGAAUGGCGGAAAAGUGGACAAAAAUAUCUUGUGGGUCACUACUCCAUUUGUCCCCGAUGCAAGCGGACAGUACCAGCAAAAAAAGUGGGGGGGAAAAAGAGGUCGCUGCCCCACUGAGCCCCAAUAUAAGCAAAGCAAACUGUUAACUACGACAAAAACUCUGCUUGUAUCUGUCCCAGCUACAAGCAGAGUUUCACAGCCAAUGGUGGAAAAAUACAGAGUAGGUAUAAAUAGUCUACACACUACUACUCAAAGGCCAUUUUUUGUGAUAUGCACUUUAAGAUACAAUUGCGAAAAUGUCAGGAAAAGCCUAUUAGAACUCCUGAACUUUAUUUCAGGUAAAAUAGAGCCACUUUAAAACUUUUAAAUGUGAUUCUGAACACAGCCACAUCCUGACUUUGAAGAGAGUGUGCACACUUGUGCAAACACAUUAUGUCAGUUGUUAAUUUUUAUUUCCCGUUUCAAAAAGAGGUUGUAAGAGUUGUAGAGGUUAUAGGUCACAUUAACAGUGGAAAACGUUUUGAAAUGAUUCAUCUUGGUCUAAUUCUUUCUUUAUUAAAACCUGGCACUUGAACAGGGGUGUGUAGACUUUUGUAUCCGCUGUAUAUGGUGGGUCACUGCCCCGCGGACUAUCAAGUAAAAAAAAAAAAAAAAAAAUCUGCUGAUUGCUGCCACCUCUUGGGCCCGACGUGAGUGUAAUCUAAUGCAAUUCCACUCCAGUCCUGCGGGUGGUAGUAAUACACAUUACAAAGUGGGUGCCAAUCACUUUUCACCACAACCCCAUCUGCUGGAUCUGGUGGGUCACUGGCCUAUUUGGCCGCCAUGCAAGCAGACUGAAUUGGCCCUAAAAGUGGCAAAAUAAUUCAAGGACGCAAUUAAAUUUAAUAGUUUAACUAGUUAUGUAUUUGUGUGUAAUCAUGUUAACUAACAGAGAAAGUGCAAUGAAAAUGUAGCAUAAUUCACAUUUCAGAGGUAACAAACGGAGAAAGUGAACCCUUUCAUUAAAUUUGUUUUUUUUUUUCCCCUCAAAUUUUUGGGGUGGCUAUGGAAAAGGAAUAUCUGUUAGUGCUACAAGAACGGGCGUGAUGGACAACACUAGCCCUGUGGAACUACUUCAUUGCCUUAGUACUUCAUGGAUGCUUGGUGUGUCACGUUUUCAUGUUUGAAUGGUUUUGGGUUUUAAAAAAAAAAAGAGAAAAAAAGGAAAAGAAAGGAUGGAAUAGUAUAUAAGAAGGAAGAAGUAUUAGGGCAACACUGAAAAAACAUUACACUACAAGAAUUAAAUCUUUUUUUAAGAAUAGUCUUUUUUUUCCCUCCCAAGAAUUACAACAAUUUACAAUAUUUUGACUUAUUUAUUUAUUUUUUAAAAAUAUGACUGUAAGAUUAUGGCUCCCCGAAUAGAAAAAUAUUCCCCCAAAAAAUUUAUUGAAGACUACAAAUUUGUUAACAAAGUAUUAUAUUUUUUUCUUGGAAAAUACUUUUUAUUAAGACAUUUUCUAAAAAAUAAUUUCAAAAAUAAAUUUUAAUAAGAUGACCACUUUUUUUCUUUGAAGAAAUUUGACUACGAUUUUGACUAAAUUCUUGAUAAAACAUGACUAUUCUCGAAAGUUUACGACUUUUUUUCUCAAAAACAUACAAGUUUAUUCUUGAAAAAAUUUUUGUUAGAUUCUUUUAAGAUUAUAUUUUAUUUUUGCAAAAACAUAUAAUUUUAUUGUCCAAUGUUGCGACUUUAUUCUCCAACAAAAACAAAGUUUCUGACUUUUUUUUAAUUUGUGUAUGUCACACAAAUCUGGUGAGACUGAUUUUAUUCUUGAGAAAAUAUAACUAUUUGCGUAAAAUUACGACUUUUUCCUCAAAAACAUUUUAUUAAAAAAAAAAAUCUAUUUUAUUCUUGUACGAGUAUCACUUUUUUCGUGGAAAAAAAAUAUAACUUUAUUCUUGAAAUGUACAGCUUUAUUAUUGAAAAAAGAUUACGACUUUUUUUGCGACAAAACGUAAUUUUGACUCCAAAAUAUUACGACUUUUCUCCAACAAAAAUAACAAAAGUUUCUGACUUUUUUGUUUAGAAAAAAUACUGUCUUUAAUUUGUGUUACAGUAGAACUUUUUGACUUCUUGAAAACAUUUUGAAAAAAAAUAAGACAGUUUUAUUUAUGUAUGAUAAUUUUUUUUUUUCUCGAAAAAAAAUACAACUAUGAUCACAUAAAAGCCCCACGCUCCUCAAACUAAAUCUGAUUAUUGUCAGGUUACAGUGCUUUUUCUUGAAUAGAUUCCACUUAAUUUUCAAAUAUUUACACCAUUUUUCUCCAAAAAAUAAAAAUUCCUUUGACUUAAUUCUCGUAAACGGUAAAUAGGUUUUUACUUGUAUAGUGCUGUUCUACCUUCUAGGUACUCAAAGCGCUUUCCUCAGCUACUGAUGACGCGGCAUCAGGAGCAACUUGGGAUUCAGUGUCCUGCUCAAGGACACUUCGACCUGGUCUCAAGGGCUGAGGGUUGAAUCUAUAACCUUCGGGGUGGGAGACAACCACUCUCCCACCUGAGCCAUGUAAGAUUGGGACUUUGCUUUCUAAAUUAUUCAAAUUUAUUUUCGUAAGAUUGCAACUCAAAUUCUUUACUACCCCAAAAAUUUUGAAAAACAAAACAAAACAAGACUUUCUCAUGAAAUACGUAAUUCGUGUAUUGUUAUACCUUUUUUCUCGAAAAAAAAUCUCAUAAGAUUACGAUGAUUUUCUCCCCCCCAAAAAUAUGACUACUGUAUUCUCAUAAGGUUACAAUACUUUCUCUUGAAAAUUGUGCCUUCAUUCAUGUAACAUCAUGCCAUAUUUCUCCAAAAAUACAAAUUCAUUGAUGAACGUAUGCCUUUAUACUUGUACGAUGUAUUGAAAAUAUUUAAUUACAUUCUCGUAGGAUUAGGACUUUUUCUUGAAAAAAUAGCAAAAAAUGAUUUAUUCCCAUAAACAUUAUGACUUUUGCUUCUCAAAAAAUGUUAUGCAAUUUACUCGUAUUGUGUAUUAAGUAGUACUGUAUAUAUAUAUAUUUUCCUUUCAGAGUGGCCCUAAUACUCCUUAGUGUCCUUUUGUAGCUGCUCUACAUGCUUAUGAUCCAAACCCAUUCAUGUGCAUUUCCCUGCACAUUCCCUUCCUGUAUAUUGUACUUCAGUGUGUAAUAGGAGAUGAUAUAUAAAGCGCGCAUGUGUGUAUGUAAAAGGUUUUUAAGUGGAAUGACAACAAAUCGACCUACGUGCCAAGCUUGAGAAAAUCCCCAUCCAGUGUUUUAUUAUUAUUAUUAUUAUUAAAAGUCUGUGUCUGUGACGCCGA